AUGGCAACGAUCAACAUCUCAGGAAUAGCCAUACCUCGUCUAUCCUUCGGCGUUGGAUCGCUCAUGAAAUGGGCACCCGGCCACGCGAGCCCGCUCCCAACGGACAGCAGCAUUGAAGUUCAGCAAGCGAUUGACGCUGGCUUCCGGCAUUUCAACACUGGCGAUUUGUACACCAACAAUGAGAGCUUUGCGAAAGUCCUGCGCCGCAGCAAUCUCGAACGCUCCGAGGUCUUCUUAUCCUUCAAACUCAACACCUACGCAUCUCUAGGAUGUCGAGGCCGCGAUCACAUGAUUCAGAACGUAAAGGAUGAGAUCGAGCGGUUUGGUCUAGAAGGCUACAUCGACAUCUUACAGUUGCACUUCCCGCCUCGUGGCUACGCUGGGAACAUGACCAACCGCGAAGCAUGGCGCGUGUUGGAAGACCUCAAGGAUCAGGGACUUGCUCGCAUUAUUGGGGUCUCGAACUGGACCCUGCCCGAUUAUCACGACAUCUUCAACGCCAGCGACCUCAAACACCCUCCACAGCUCAACGAGUAUGAGUUCAACCCUUUCCUACUAUUUGAUCCCAAGAUCCGACAACUCCACGACUUCGAAGUCAAGCACAACAUUGUCCCAAUGAACUAUGGGGUUUUGACCGUCAUCAGCGGCCGCUUGCCUACCGAAAACAGCACAGCAUUAUUGCAGAAAUUGGAAGAGCAGUCAAAGCAGACGAAGCUGCCCGCGGCUGAUCUGCUGCUCAGCUGGGCAUACUACCGGCCGGACGCGGGCAUUGUCGUGACAUCUACAUCAAAAGCAGACCGGGCUAGAAAGACCUUCGAACUCCUGUCGGCUGAGGAAUCGCCUGUGAACAGCCAGAUCUAUGAGGAGAUUGAGAAGGCGGCAGAGCUGGAUGGCCCUGACGUUGCGUCUUGUGCUGUUUUCUCAUCAUAUCUGGAAAUCCGAAGACAUAACCUGCACGCUUUCGGCCCCAACGGACUCCGCAUUCUUCUCAAGGAGCUCAACUACCCCGCCGCUAUUCACCACCGGGUCUCCAUACCCCGCCGCAUUCUGCAACAUCACCAGUGUUUCCCCACACCAACUCAUGCUUCAAGAAAAUGUCUUAACUUGUUCCGCCUCUAUCGGAUUCCCACUCUAUGUGGUGGCAGUCAGCAUGUCCAAGAAGAAUUGAUGAUGUCUCUGUUUGUUCUUUACAGUUUCCUUGCGCUCCUCGCCAGCGGGUGGUUGUUCCGUCAUAUUCGUUCAUGCCUUCCUGCCCCUGAAGCGUACGGGCCCGCAUUCGCCAGAUGGACUGGCGUAUGGUACAUUUGGAAGAUCUGGCAGGGAAACUAUGAGGUGUAUGAUAUCGAAGCACAUAAGAAUGGCUCUAGAAAGGUCGUUCGCAUUGCGCCUCUCAUGUACAGCAUCGACGAUCCAGCCAUGGUUCGCGUCAUCUAUGGCAUAUCAUCUCCAUUCCCAAAAAGUAAAUGGUAUGAUGCCUUUGGCGAUCCUCGCAUCCCAAACCACAACCUCUUCAGUGCGCGCGAUCGUGCUAUGCACGGUCUCAUGCGUCGCAAAGUUGCAAGCAUGUACUCCAUGUCGACCAUUAAGUCCUACGAGUCCCAUGUGGACAGCUGUGUUGCGCUUCUGCUGAGCUGUUUCGAUGGGUUUGCUGCGAGUGGAGAGACGUUCGACCUGCAGCUGUGGAUGCAGUGCUAUGCGUUUGAUGUGAUUGGAAAGAUUACGUUCGGCAGGCAUGUAGGGUUCUUGGAAUCCGGCGGACAGGAUCUCGACGGCAUUAUGCGAGCCCUCGAAGAUGGCAAUGCUUUCUCAACAAUUUCGGGCGUUAGCGUUGCUUUGCUUCCGAUACUUCUUAUUCUUUACGGGAACCCUGUUCGUGGUAUCACAGGUUUUGCGCGAAGACUUCAACUUGAGAGCAUUGAAGACGACUUGACGGAGAAGACUGGCGGAGAGACCUUCUUGGCCAAAGUCAAACGUCUGCAGAAGGAGGCCCCCGAAGAAUGCGAAAGACUUCGUGUCGAAACGGUGGCUCUGACAGGAAAUGUUGCAGCCGGGAGUGACACCACAAGCAUAUCUCUGACCAGUGCAUUGUACCAUGCCAUCACGACGGAUGGCGUUGUGGAGCGCUUGUACGAAGAGGUCGAGUCCCAAGGCUUGUGCUCGAAUCCCGACCAACGCAUCACAUUUGACCAAGCCCAGCAACUCCCAUACCUCCAGAUGGUCAUCAAAGAGGCCCUGAGAGUCCACCCAGCCGUUGGUCUGCCGAUGUGGCGCGAAGUUGUUGGGUCCGGUCUCGAGAUCGAUGGAAACCACUUUCCGCCCGGGGCGAUCAUCGGUAUCAACCCAUGGGUAGCACACCGGAACGUAGACGUCUUUGGCGCGGACGCUGCGGGAUUCAGACCCGAACGAUGGGAUCCCCAAUACACCUCCACGAAGACUCUAGAGGCCAUGGACCAGUACUAUCUGCCGUUCGGGGCGGGCUCGAGAACCUGCAUAGGCAGACACAUAUCGCACUUGGAGAUGGUGAAGUUGAUCCCAGAGCUAAUCAGGCGAUAUGAGUUCGAGAGUGUCGGUGGAGAACUGAAAACCGUUAAUAGGUGGUUCGUGAAGCCACAAAAGGUUCUCUUCCGCGUCAAGCGCAGAGGGACUGGGGCUUAA